UCGCGACGAAAACGCCGCGAGCGCCGGUCGCGCGCUUCCUCCUUUACUCUAACUAACUCGAAGCACCCAUGGCCGGGAAGUCCAACGGCGUGGACGUGACGGAGUGGGCGCGGGCGCCGCCCAAGAAGCUGCCCCUCGGCGAGAGGAUCCUCAGGUCUAUUUAUGAUCCCGACGACAACACAUUCCUGGGGCGCACGCCAAAACGAUGGGGUAUAAUGGUGGUGUUCUACGCCAUCUUCUACGCGGUGCUGGCGGCCAUGUUCUCGCUGUGCAUGGGCGGGCUGUUCAUGUGCCUGCCCGACGACAGACCGCUCUACCUCAUGGAGAAGUCACUAAUAGGAGGCAACCCCGGCGUGACGUCACGGCCGCUGGCGCGGGACGAGGUGGUGGUGCGGUACAGCCUGGACAACGCUACCGGCUACGACACCUACGUGGAGGAGCUCACCACGUUCAUGAAACAGUACGAGAACGACACCCGGUACAACAGCAAGUCAGAGUGCAGCGUGCAGGACAACUUCGGCUACCCCACCCAGCCCUGCUUCUUCAUCAAAAUUAACAAGAUUUACGGAUGGGAGCCGCAGUUGUACGACGCUGACGACGCGGACUUGCCCGCAGACCUGCUGAACUAUGUGGCACAACUUCCAGACAAACAGGUAUUGGAACGAAGUUCCUUAUCG